GACUAAAACUCCACACAGCAACUGAAGUUUCCCUGUUCAGUUGAAGAUUGCUAUGGUGUAACUGAAGUUGUAUUUCUCCCCCCACCUCCCCACUCCCUUUCGUGUUCGGUCAGAGCGGUAGUGUAGAUUUGAUAGAAAUUGCCAUUUUCCCGUUCCUUGGACUAUCUGAACCUGUAGAGGAGACCACAGCAAUGCUGGACUGCAGCGACUACGUUCUAGACUCAAGAAUGAACAAUCCGUCAGAAAACAGUAAACCAUCAAUGGAGAGUGGGGACGGGAACACAGGCACGCAAACAAAUGGCCUGGACUUUCAAAAGCAGCCUGUGCCUGUCGGAGGAGCAAUCUCUACAGCCCAGGCCCAGGCUUUCCUUGGGCACCUUCAUCAGGUCCAGCUCGCUGGAACAAGUUUACAGGCUGCUGCUCAGUCCUUAAAUGUACAGUCUAAAUCUAAUGAAGAAUCUGGGGACUCUCAGCAGCCAAGCCAGCCUUCCCAGCAGCCUUCAGUGCAGGCGGCCAUACCCCAGACCCAGCUCAUGCUGGCCGGAGGACAGAUCACUGGGCUCACGUUGACGCCAGCCCAGCAACAGUUAUUGCUCCAACAGGCGCAGGCACAGUUGCUGGCGGCUGCAGUGCAGCACUCAGCCAGUCAGCAGCACAGCGCUGCUGGUGCCACCAUCUCGGCCUCUGCUGCAACGCCGAUGACGCAGAUCCCUCUAUCUCAGCCAAUACAGAUUGCACAGGAUUUGCAGCACUUGCAGCAGCUUCAGCAGCAGAAUCUCAACCUGCAACAGUUUGUGUUGGUGCAUCCGACCACCAACUUGCAGCCAGCACAGUUCAUCAUCUCACAAACACCGCAGGGGCAGCAGGGUCUCCUGCAAGCGCAGAAUCUCUUAACGCAACUACCUCAGCAAAGCCAAGCCAACCUCCUGCAGUCUCAGCCAAGCAUCACCCUUGCCUCGCAGCCAGCAACCCCAACACGCACAAUAGCAGCGACCCCCAUUCAGUCACUUCCACAGAGCCAGUCAACACCAAAGCGAAUCGACACUCCCAGCUUGGAGGAGCCCAGUGACCUUGAGGAGCUUGAGCAGUUUGCCAAGACUUUCAAACAAAGACGGAUCAAACUUGGAUUCACUCAGGGUGAUGUUGGGCUCGCUAUGGGCAAACUCUAUGGAAAUGACUUCAGCCAAACUACCAUCUCUCGCUUUGAAGCCUUGAACCUCAGCUUUAAGAACAUGUGCAAGUUAAAGCCACUUCUGGAAAAGUGGCUCAAUGAUGCAGAAAACCUCUCAUCUGAUUCAACUCUCUCCAGCCCAAGUGCCCUGAAUUCUCCAGGGCAAGGGAUCGAAGGCUUGAACCGUAGGAGGAAGAAACGCACCAGCAUAGAGACCAACAUACGUGUGGCCUUAGAGAAGAGUUUCCUGGAGAACCAAAAGCCUACCUCGGAUGAGAUCGCCAUGAUAGCUGACCAGCUAAACAUGGAGAAGGAGGUGAUCCGCGUUUGGUUCUGUAACCGGCGCCAGAAGGAGAAAAGGAUCAACCCACCCAGCAGUGGUGGAACCAGCAGCUCGCCCAUCAAAGCAAUUUUCCCUUGCCCAACCUCACUGGUGGCAACCACGCCAAGCCUUGUGACUAGCAGUGCAGCUACAACCCUGACUGUCAACCCCGUGCUCCCUCUGGCCAGUCCUGCUGUAACUAGUCUGUCAGUCACAGGCACAACAGAAACCACCUCCAACAACACAGCAACAGUGAUUUCAACAGCACCUCCAGCUUCUUCAGCAGUGACAUCACCUUCCCUGAGUCCUUCCCCUUCUGCCUCAGCCUCCACUUCAGAGGCAUCCAGUGCCAGUGAGACCAGCACAACACAGACAACCUCCACUCCCUUGUCCUCCCCUCUUGGGACCAGCCAGGUGAUGACAUUUUUUUCUGAUGUUAAGAAAAACAUGUUUUGCUUUAGCACACUUUGGCUUUAGCACACUUGAUCUCCUCAGAACACAAUAGUUACCAUAGAAUGAUUUAUGAACAGCCCUUAGAAAGUACACACAGAUGUGACUGCUUACAAUAGUUACAUCUGUGUGUUUAAACUUCCUUAAGAGGAUUUAUUUUGUUUCUGAGUUACUGUACAGUAUGUGUUAGUCUACGUACAUUUUUGUCAUGUUACUCUGAGAUGGUGUGUAUGUACAUAUACACUUCUCUUGGAACUAUGACCUAAUGUUUAAUGCCACUGUGUAGACACAUUUCUGCAGUUGAGUUAGUAAAGGAUGCAGCAGUGUUAAUUCCCUAACUCUGUGCACAUUCCUGCAAAGCAACAUUCUUUAAAACAGAAAUUCUCUCUCUUUUGUUACAAAUGGAAGAGCACAGCCAUUACAGCUGGAAUCCUAUCACAGAUAUUAAACCAAAAACAACAUCUGAUUUACCUUAAGUAUUAAUUAAUAUUUUCUUAGAUAAAGGAUCUUAGAGAGACAAGUAGCUUCUCAUGAUCAUUAGAGUGCUUUAGGUCAGACAGAGUAGUGCAUCUGCUCUGAGCUUUCAGUGCUACUUGUUGUCCAAAUGGAAGCUUAAAAUUUAGAUCUCUUUAUUGCCAUGUUAACUUCAUGAAGAACCACUGUUCUCUAUUCAUGUUCUGCUCAAAAUGGUUAAAGCAUGUUUAUCCACAGGGCCUGGGUAUCCCUGUUGCACAUACACCUGACUGUUGCCUAGGGUGGAGUGUUACCAAAGGAGUAAGCUGGGCUGCUGCACCCACUGCAUUCUCACACAGCCAACUCACAUUCCUUUGUGUUUUUGCAACCAGUAUAUCUUACCUGUCCCUCCCAAAGUACUAUAGCAAUACACAAUUCAAGAUGCCUACCUUGCACAAGUUCUACCCUUUUCAGUCGUUGAAUCUCCUGUUGCUGCUCGUGAGUUUUUUCUCUUCUUUCCAGCAGGGAAGUCCCCUAAAAUACUUAAAGAUAUUUGACAGAGGAGGAUUUGUGGAAAAGUUGCUGGCUCAUGGUUUGCCAUUUCUUAAAAUGUUCAUAUCUUUGUGAUCUGAACGGUACCUGGUUCCCUCUGUGUCAGUGCAAGCAGUUUCACUCCUUUUGGAAUGAUGAAAAGCAGUUCCUCUGCUUGCAUAUCUUCACACAUGAACACACAAAGUAACACAUGGGAAAAACUUGGUGUUUUUUCAGUUUAUCUAUUUUCAUUUGAUCUGUCUGCCACUUCUCCCAGGAUACUCCUUUUACCCCCUUGGGAUGCUGUUAGGAGGGUGUUAGGAAGAUUGCACUGUAAUUAGAAAUAGUUUAACUGUGGGAGAAAAGACAUCUUUUAGUCAAGUAGACAAAUAAGGUCAGCAUGCAGAACGUAUCAGGUACUUCAUUUCUGCCCAAAUUCCUAAACACAGAGCAACUACUGAGCUUUGUCUCAGGGCUGCUUUCAACUCCAUCAGUGAUACCCUGCUAAGAACCGUCCAUGACUGGAAUAAUCUGGGCCCCCUUUCUUCCUUCCUUCCCUCCUCACCUCUCCCUUCUUGUUCCUUCCCCAUCUUCCCUCAGCAAAAGGUAGCACCAUACAGCUCUGAGAACAAUACUUGUGGGUAGCAGCUGGCUUCUGGCACCUUCAUAAAAUACCUCAGCAUAGCUUAGCAUUGUCGCAGAACUGGUUUUAAACUGAAAAAAUCAGAAGAGAAAAGCAAACUUUAUAAAUAGUGGAGAUAAUUCUAGCUGUAGAGUUUAGUUGAACUGAUGUUUAUUAUGAUUGAUAAACAUGAUUAUGCUGUAUGUAUUUGAGAUCCUGUUUAUAGGUUACAACUUUAUAGGGUCGGGUGGGGGUGGGUGGAUGUUGGGGGCAGAGAAGGGGGGUUUGACUGUGUUAGAAGGAAAAUGUUUGCUCAUAAAUUUUUUUCCUUGUAUCUGUCUUGCCAAAGGAAACAUUUUGUCGCUCCUGGGUUUGGGAUUGUUGUUUGGUUGGUUUAUCUGUGGUCUAAUCUGCAGCACAGCACGUGGUGGCAUGCAGGUUACUGAUGGGGUUGCUGUUCAGGGUCCUUUCGAGUGUGCGCACACUUCCCUCCCUCUUGGCCUUUCCAUGCCCUUCGCCGGGAUCUGAAGAUGAGGCAACACGUACCCGGAAGGCUCGGGGGAAAGGAGAUGGCUGUACUGGGUUAGAAUCAACCUCGGGGGUGUAAAUCUGUUCCAGUUGAGUUGCUCCAGAGCUGAACUGGGUCCAUUGUGUUUAACUUCAGGAAGGGACAAGAAUGGUUGUCACAUCUUAAUCUUAUCUGGGAGAGCAAAAGUGAAACAGGUUCCUUUUAUCCCCCUUGUCUUGUUACUGAAUGUAGGGCUUGUCGUGCUUGAUAAUAGGUGGAAAACUUUUUAAACACUUCCUUUUCUAAUAGCAAUGCUAAUCCUGUCUAGACCAAAAACUAUGAAAGAAAAAACCAAACUGAGAGGUGAAAGCUAACCUACUCCUAACACCUGGCUGAUCUGCCUGAAAGGGUUGAAAUACUGUGAGACAGUUGUGGGAGAGGAGCUUUGAGGUGUUGUUGGCGAGGGAGUGGGUCAUUCUCCUGGCCUAUGUCUUGGUGUUGCAGUGGGAGUAGCAGAAGAGCGAGUGGUUGUUGCAUUGGGAAGGGUGUUUCAGCCCACUCCGACUGGACUCCAAGGCUCCCUUCCCGUUUCCUGUCCAGGCUGGCGGAGCAGGGGAAGAGUGGAGGGGUGUGCGUGGGUGUGUGUGCGAGUGCGUGUGUGCACCUGGCUGUGAGCGAUGAUCCAGAGAGGUGGGUUUCUAAAGGAGCUCAACUCCACUGGGGCGGGAGAAUUCCCAGUGGCCUCGUAGGGAACCAAAGGCACUGAUAAAUUGUCAGCUCUGCUGUUUUCAGAGCGGGUAAGAGGAGAAGCUGGGUGGGGUUUUUUUGAGCUUUGGGUCAGUGUCCCUUUCUCUAAGGACCUCAUCUCUUUCGGGUACUCCCGCCUUUUCUGCACAGAGUUGCUUUGGCUCUGUGAAGACAAAUAGUGGGUGGGGUUUGCCCAGUGCUGCAGGUCUUAGGCUGAUAUUGGGAUACAGUCAGGGAAAACUGUUUCUUUCCUUCAAAUGUGGAAGCAGUGUAGUCCAAGGUCAGAGUCUGUUCAACAGCUUUUGCAUGUGGUCUUUCUCUUAAGGGAGGGAUCUUGAAGACUCCUUGCUUUGCUCCCCAAAGCAGCCUUGUACAUGUUCAUAUGUUGUGCUAUUGGGCUGAGCUGUUUUAUCAGUGAACUUGGUGAGCUCUUGUGAAGAAAGGGAGGGAGGAAGGGGGAGAGGCGGAUUGUCCAGCUACUCUUCCUCCGGACACCAAUCGGGUUGCAGAACUUCACUGAAAGCUUUACUAAUAGAAUUGUUGUUCUGACAUUAUGUAAAAGUGGUAUUAAUAUUGUGUGACUUUUCAAAGAGCUAGUUAGAUUUAUAGAUAGGUAAUAGGGAUAUUGAAGAAAUGACUUCUCAAAGAAAAGAGCACUUGGAACAAAAGAAGUGGAAAACAAGGUGUGCUUUAUGGAAAACAAAUCUGAGGAAGGAAAUGAAACAGCUUGUGGGAGGCGAGGGAAGAUGAUACCCUUUGGUGUUCCUUAGUGCUGCUGAGGCUCAGCCCCAGAACUGGAACAAUACCCCCUCUGCCUUAUUUCAUCUCUCUACCAAACAGGACAUUGUCAAGUAGCUCAGACCAAAAUGCUGAUCUGUCUUAGAUCUAUGUUAGUCUGCUGGUGAAUAUUCUCCGGCAGAGCUUUACAUAAUACCAUAAGAUACUUAAUUUAUCACGUUAGUUUCCCCUUUCCUCCCAAAAUUGUCUUAUCUGUUGUAGGCCCCACUUCAGGAUUCACACUGCCUUUUCUGAAUUUUGUAGCAGCAGCUACUGGAGCCCCAUACCCUGAAUGUCGUAACUUUGUGUGCGUUCAAAGCCGGCAUGUUGAGGUGCUAUAAAAACCUGAAAUUAUUGAACUAUAGAAAUCCUGAGACCUCAGGAAUGGCACGUCAAGGGGCAAAUCAUGGAGAUAGCACAACCCCCUUGGGAAACAAUUUAGGAAAAAGAGCACCUGUGACAGUGUCCUGAGAACAAGGCAGUUAAGACAAAACCUUUAGUUCUUCCCCCAUUCACUCUCCAUGUAUCGGCCUCUGUGACCCCGGUGCUCCCUGCACCUGAGCGAGUCCAAGGGGAAAAGGCAAAGAGGAAGACUUGGAGAUCAGGGCCGCUCCCCGCAAGUUCCCGGGGAGCCGGACUGUGCCUCCCUGCAAGCCAGGGAAGGGAAGGGACCGCUGCAGAGCCGCCCAUGGGUGGCUUGGAGAGGGCUGGAGCAGCACUGGGCCCCGAGGGGUGCCUCGUGUGCCAGCGAUCCAUGGGAAGGACCUGGGCAGUAGCUUCUGCGUCCCCACCAGUGCUGUUCCAUUUCCUUCCUCUGUGGUAGUGUCAAAGGCUAGGUGUGAGUAGGUGUGGGGUGUUUAUCCGCCACAGGUACAGGAGCUGUCGUAUACCUCAUUUCUAACUCGUAACUGAGUAACUUGCUUUAACUUUCUCCAAACCCCACAGAGUUGCCAAGUCUGCCCUCCCUCCUUUGAUUAACACUGAACUCUGGCCUAUAGCACCCCGUGACCUGCAACCUGGGGAGAUGACCCCCUAACGCCUCUGAAUGUCGCUGCUUAAAAAGCUACUGCAAAGUGAGGGCAAAUUGCAAUCUUAUCUUAUUUCCUUUGGUUACAAGGGGUCCUCUUGAUUAGUCUGUGAAUAUCCACCCCCUCCCCUUCACUCUCCACGGAAAAGGGCCACCUGCACUGCCUUUUCCCAACCCGGGCCCACACUGAACUCCAGGGCCCGGAGGCACUCUCAGCCCAGUGCUGCGUACAUGCUACUCACUUUUUAAACAUGACCAAAAAAAAACAAAGGAAAAAAAAUAGAAAUCUCCAAAUAUUUAAUUUUCUUCUUUAUUAUUUGACAAUCCUAUAUCCCUUCCCCCACUCCCCAACCUGGCCAGAAGCUGCAUCCUUAACCCGGUCCAUCUUUAUUUGAAUGUAGUUCCCCUACCCCCAUGGGAAAGAGAAGCUUUGUCAGGUCACGGUGGCUGCUAUAAGUCGGGAGGGGGCGGUUUCUUUGUUUUGUUUUGUUCUUGUAAAAUUUCCAGCCAAAACCAAAGAUUUCCUAAUGAUUGUAUAAACUCAAAACAAACAAACAAACCAAAGACAAAGGGCGUCUUCAGCACCAAGCCCAUCUGUGAGGCCGCUCUUGCCAGGGCAAGAGUCUCUGCCAGCUCGGGGCUCCGAAACACCCCAGGAGGAAAUUCCCUGCUCCGGGUUGAAAUCUGGGGCGCAGGCGCUGGGAAGGGGCGGCCCGGGGGGGCUUCGCAGGUGGGUUGAGGAGCUGAAGACUUUGGUGCAGGAUUGGCUGCUCUGCUGGGUGCUUUAACCCUCUGGGGGCUGGGUGAUGUCGAUUAAUACACGCUGAGGUGCACUUCUGAGCUUCCCCCCCCUUCACUGCUUGGAAGAGGCUGUCCUGUUGUGAGAAAUCCCUGAAAGAAGAAGAAGCAGCUUUUCAUUUCUCCUCUAGUUCCUUUUUUCUAGAUUUCUUUUAUUUUUGCAGCACCACUGUGCAACUAUGCAUUGUAUUUCUCAACCUUUUAUGCUAGGUAGAUGCCUGUGACUUUUUAACUUUUUGGGGGGGAUUGCAAAUGGAGGAACUUUUUACAUGGAUCUUUUUAAUCUCAGUUGAUUGGGGGGUGUUUGGUUCUAGGGUCAUACAAGCUCUAUCCCAAAGCAAAAUCCAAAUGUUAAUAUUAUUAGCCUGAUGCAGAUACCAAAGAUAAUUUCUUUCCUGCAGAACCUUAGACUUGUGUAUUAAGUACGAUUACCCAGCACUUGCAUUAGUCUAACCUCAGUAAUUCCAAAGCUUAGAUGUAUAUUUUGGUAUAUUUCUGGGAUAUUAAAAAAUUGUCGUUUAAAUUCUUGUUUGUUUCAGUGUAAUGCUCUUAAAGUCAUAGCAUGGAGAUAACUGAACUUGUCCUAUUCUUAGUAGUUUGAAAUAAUAGUAUUUUUGUAUGUUUUGAGUGUGUCUAUGUAUGUAUUAACAUAACAGUUUUCACUGCCUAGGUGUUCAUAAAUAAUAAAAAGGAAAAAAACCAACUGCAAAGGGGUUUUAAGCUGUACAUAAUAUUCCAUGAGGAAUUUCCACCAGACCGCCAAUUUGGAUUGCAUUUUCACUGAUGAUCGCUCCCAACUGGGAUUCUUUCUUUCUUUUUAAAGAGACAGCAUGUUCUUUUUUUUUCCCCCCAUUGACCUGAGGUUCUUUCUCAGUGUAAAGGGGUUUUCACUGUUUUUAAGGGAUGGGCCAAAGAGGAAGUAGCUUAAAUUUUAUUUUAAAAAAUAAUAAUAAUUUAACAUGUUAAUUUGAAAAGUACCCCUUUGUAUGAAGAACUGGGAGUGGAAAACCAAGCCUUUUCUUCUAAAUUCGGUUAUAGUUUCCAAAGAGAUGAGGAUUUGUGAAUGUCUGUAGCAUCUGGGCAGUCCUUUUUUGCUUUUUUUUCCCCUAAAUAAGGCAAGUUUUUGGUCCUAAUGGUUUCACUGCUCUGUGCAACUGCCUGCUUACACCGGCUUGGAGGGUUUUUUUUCUCUUGCCCUUCCUCAUACACUGCAUUUAUACACUUGAGGUCAGCAGAACACUUGAAAUCAAGGGCCAUAUGGGAGUACCCUACCCAAACCCAACCCAAGCUUUUCUUGAGAUUGAAAUGUGAGAGUCCCACACAUUUCAAAACCUUGCUGAUCACACUAAGGGUGAGGAGGAAGGCGAAAUGCUGUCUCUUUAAAGAUGUCCUUUAUAAUUAUUGUUAUUAUUAUUAUUAUUAUUAUUAUUAUUUUCCCAGUGGUUGCCUACAGAUAGCUGUAGGCAUUGAGAGAUUGUGUAGAUUACAGUAAAUCAGAAUGAAAAGGUAGAUUUUGUGUAGAUGCAUUUGUCUGCUGUAAUUUUUUAUAUAUAUUAAACUUACUGUAAUUGUACAGUUAAUUUCUGUUGUAAACAUCAUUAAACCAUUUUCCAAGUGUUUUAA